CCGUACCUCGUGUCCGCGCUUCGCUUUGCCUCAAUACGCGAGCGGCAAAAACACACGAUUCUUCCGGCAGUGUCGCGCGACGUUUUCGAGCGAGUGCUGUGAAGGUUGUUUGUUCAUCUUCUCUCACGCGUAUACAUCUAUUCGUUGGAUGUACUACACGCUCUAAGACGAGCACGUGUGUACAGUGUGCGUCUGCGACGGCGACGAUCUUGUGUAUUCGCUCGUAAUUUUGAUGGUCCGUACGUAAGGGCGAUUCGAGUGCACGCUUAUGAUUUACGACAUUUACGUGGACCUCGUAUGAUUUGCGGAUUAUUACCGGCUGACAAUCGAGCACAGGGUGCAGAGAGGAUCUUGCGGGGAGCUGCGCAUAACCGGAAAUACCGAAGGGAGAGCGCACGGAUAUCUCGUAUAUGUAUUCAGAGCAACGUGUCGGAGGAAGAACAAAGUGUGCCGCUGAUUCGAGAACGGGGAGUUAAAGUGUAGAGAGAUCACAGCGAUCAACCACAUACACGCACGCACGCAACACGCACGCACGAACGCAUGCACGCAUGAAGGUCCCAUGGCUACCGGAUUGGUAAAGUGGUGGCGAGCAAGGUUCCUCGCUGGCUACAGACCCUUUUCUGUCGUAGGGACCAAUACGGAAGGUAGCGAUUCUGAAGAAUUGCUCACGGGCGUCCCAACAACCUGCAACGUCUCAUCACCACCGACGACGGAGGCGCAACCGAUUUUAAUUUCCCCCGUGGAGCCGCCGCAGGUCACAGCUGAUGGCUCUAAUAUACCUGCAGAACCUACCGCUAACGAUGAACAGCCAACUGGCGGUACAACAAAACAGCUUAGUUUCGAGGAAUUUGAGUGCGACGUAUCAGUCGCGGAAGGUGAUAGGAGGCGGCAGGAAUUUUCUUUUACUCUGUAUGAUUUCGACGGACAUGGAAAGAUCACCAAGGACGACAUAGCCGGUCUAGUAACCACCAUUUACGAUACACUAGGCGCUUCAAUACAAGUACCGCCGUGUGGCAGCAAGACGAUUAAGGUGAAACUGACGGUGUCACCGGAUCAGCGAGCUAGCAGCAGCAGCAGCCAGGCACCGCGCAAUACCUGCUUAAAUGCUGCACAGCAGACCACAGCGUCACCCGGUCAUCAGCACAACCCAUCGUCCUGUUGCCACGUGAAGCAUCCUGCCCCGUGCAACCAUGCGGCCGCCACCGUCACCACUCGGCAUGGCGCAAGCAGAGUUCCUAGAAGGAGAAGAACAACGCGAUAUCGUUGUCAGACUGAGCGGAAAGAAGUGGAGACCCACAGCGAAGAUGACGAUGAAAAUGCCCGAACGAAUCGAGUGCAGCAAGAGGAGCUACGUAGAAGAGUCGGUCCAGUACCUCAUUUACCAUCUCCCUAUUCAAACAGCUCAGAGGGUGAUGUGAGCGAUGAUAGUGACACUUCCCCUGCGUUCUCGCCGUUAACGCCGCUUCUUACGACGAAUCAUAGGAAACGCAGUGGCGCCUUACAAAGACAGCAAUUGCUGGAAAUUAUUCAGGCCAACAUGGAGAAAAACAAUCUCAGUUUUCACACAACAAGGAAACGGCCUCAAAACGAACAAUCGUGCAUUCCAUCUCAAAGUCCUCCUCUAGAAACUUCGAAUCACAAUAAUCAGGACUGUCACACGUCUCUGGAGUCUCGUCAAGCGGCCGUGAACAAUCAAAAGCCAAACCGGGAAAGUACUCAUCAUUCCGUGACGUUUCCCAAAACACCGGUCAAAUCACGAUCGGCGAAUCUUAGAAAAACGCGACACGCGACACCAAGGAACAAUGCAACACAUUCCUCUCCCCAGACCUGUACAACGUAUUCGCAAAUAUUGAAUCGUAACGUGGUCGCGCCAACAACGGUCUAUAAUGAUAUGAUGCACACUACCAGCGGCGGCAAUACUCAUCGGAACAUUGUCAAUCUCGUGCCUAACAAUAAUCAGCAAACGGCUAAUCAGACAAUUACCAACAAUCAUAACAACUUGCAGCGUAACGAUGCGCAAUUCGUUCAAACACAACAAUGCGGCAGAGCGAGCAAGAAACAUCAACUAAAGCACGCUACGCGAGAACAGGACCAGGCACGGGCGAUGGCCCAGGUCGUGCGUUGGCUUGAACGUGAAUUCUCGCAGAACGCAGUAGCAGCUACAUCCAGCCGAAAGCACGUCCAUGAGCAUAUACACCAUCAUUAUCAUCAUUAUCACGCCGAAGCUCUGGUUUAAUCUGUUAAAUAAAUUCGAAUUUUAAAUUUUGAACUUCAUAAUUGUCACGGUAAGAUUGAAAGAAUUUUAAAAAAAAGAUUCUCGAGGCGUAAUUUGUGUGUCGUCUGUAUAAUAUCUAUAUUAUUGUUAUUCAAAAAAAUGAUUAGUAUUUCACGUUGCAAAAGUGUUUUUUAAAUUGUAUCAUAAGGCUAUAACAUUUUUUAUUUUUGAGCAAAAAUCUCCCUAGCAAAAAUCAAAAUUGGAGCAUGAAUUGAAUGUACUCUCUAAAUUUGAAUCAAUGAAAUUUUACUGAUUUAUACAGUGCUAUACUUAUAACUAUGAUCAGUCAGUGAUUAUUUACUGUCUUUCAGCGAUUCCACUUAAGGGGGGGGGGGAAUACUCACUAAUCGAAAUCAGUGCAUUAUCACUGAUCUCACUAAUUAGGAUUAGUGUAUUAUCGCUGGAAGGCAGUGCAUCACUACCCUGAUAGUAAACUGUGCGCACACUGCGCGCAGAGUGGCAGCAAACUCGAUCAGAUAGUGGCAGCAGAUCCAUAGUCACCUACAUAUGUCUGUAUCAAGCUCAGGAUUUUAGGGGCGAUGUCGAGUUAUUAUUAUUUCUCUUGUGAUGUACUCACAUCAAAUUCUCCACAUAUUAACGUACGGGCUCCAAGAUGUUUCCCUCCUAGUCAGACGAUGAAAGCUCGCACCGCUCAGUACAAGCUGGUGAUCAACACUGGUCGGUUGGGUAUUGUGUCGUCAGUCCUGGAUGUAGGCUUAUGAAGAUUUUCCUCUUCUUCGGCCAAAAGCUCAGGAUUUGACAACAAAGCUUGCUAACAUGUUAUGUUAGCAGAUUGGCAGCAAAAAUUGAGCAGGAUCUGCGAUGAUUUGUGCAUGUGGACAAUGUGACGGCGGACUAACAGCAGAAAACGAGUAUGAGUUGCAUAUCCUGCUUGAUUUCUGUGGCCAAUUUGCUGAUAUAGCAUGGUCAGCAGGCUUUGUCUUAUUUUUGACAGCAGUUUUUCGACAGUAUCAAAUAAUCCAGACACUGUGUACAAUUUGUUGCCACUUUGUCAUCAAAAAUUGAUAGCACGCCAUGCGCGAAGUCUGUUUCUGCACGCUUGGCUAUCUGUGUAAUUAAUAUAUAGUUAUAAGUACCACUGAAAUCAGGCUGUUCACUGUCUUUUAGUGAAUAAUAUACUGAUUCUAAUUUAAAGUAAGGAGAAAUGAUAUAAGCCUAAACAAAACCUCGUAAAAAUGUAAAAAAUACCUGUUUUACGUUUUAUUGUCCUAAUUUUCACGCUUCUUAGAAAUUUUAUUUACACUCUUCUGUCACUUUUCCUUUACAUUCGACUUAUGCUCCCAUUUUUAUUUUCGCGCGCUAAGGCUCAUAUACAUAUACAUGUAUUGAUUAUUUUAGGAAAUAUACUAUGAAUCAUUGAUUGAAUCUCCAAUUUGUCUUCGUAAACAAGGCCAAACCAAUUUAUAUAUACUAUUAUAUAUCUUUCGAAUAUAUCUAUUUUUAAUAUGAACACAAAUGAUUACGCGCUAUCGUUAUUUUUAAUGUAAGCGAUUAUUUUUUUGGGUAUUGACAAAUAUAUAAAUGUUUGCGGUGCCUGUUAAUGUUAUUUAUAUAAAUUUAUAAGUAUAGACAUUAGUCAAAACGCGAUUCUUUUUCAUAUGACAAGCAAAAAAUGUACUACAGUUUGUUUAAAAAAAACCUUUAUAGAGCACUCGCACGUUUGAUAUAAAUUACAUUAUUAUUAUUUGCUCAGAUCUUCUUGAGCAAAGAAAUACAGUUAUAAAUCUCAGGUUUAUGAUGUGUGUGUGCGCGCGCGCGCUUGCGUACGUGAUACAUCUAGUGUUGCAAUUAAAUAACAUAAAAUUAUCUAAAUAAAGAUGAAGCACAUGUAAUGUAAUUGACUUAUCUAGAUAUGAUAAA